AUGGAUCCCGUUGAUGCUGUGUACAGAUUUGAUCCUUUCAGUGAAGAUGCUGCCCAGUACGACGAUUCUGAUGGUGAGUUGGACCAGAUCGAUUGGGAUGAUCCAGCCUCUUUCUUUGAAAAACUCAAUCUGCCUAAACCGUCAUCUUAUCCAACUGCCGACGAGGUUCGCCAAGAGAGUCGGGAGAGAGCGGCCAAAGUAUUGUCGACCUGGGAAUCUCUGAGCAAGAUCAUUGAGCGUCAUGAAGAACGGAUCCAGAAACGAUGGCGCCAAAAAUCUCAAUCCAAACGUCGCCAGAUCCUUCAAACUGCUUGGCCAAAUAUGUCAAAGGUACACCGACCUGAUUUCGACGCGUUCAAAAAGGGAAUCGGCGAGCAGGCUCGAGAGGCAUAUUUAUGGCCUUACAUUAAUCUCGAGGACCUGGAACGACCAAGACCAUUGCUCCUGUUCCUUAAUGCCCGGGCCCGCCAACCACCACAUUGUUUUGCCCAUGCCGAUUUUAAUGCUCCCCAUCUUGGCCACGGCUCAGGUGCUGUAAGAACCGCCUUUCUUAACUUGCAUACCAUGGUGUUCACCGGAAGAACAACUCCGGAAACAUACGGAGAACUGCUUGCAUGGGAGGGGAAUGACCCCGAGGUUUUCAAUUGGGCUACCACCGGAAAAGGAUUCCAUCCAGGUCAUGGCUUGUUGGUUUUGGAAAUCCAGCAGCGACUCUACGAAUUCCUUUUAGAAUGUUGCUGCCAAAUUCUUCAUGAUAUUCCUCGGGAGUCCAUGAUCACUGACUUCCCUGUUCAGCCGGAGCCCACGAUCAAAGAUGAAGGAGACUGGCAUUCGCUCGCUGCUAUUGCGGCGGACGCACCUUACCGUUUCCCUGCCAAGCUUGAUUUACGGUCCCUUGAAGAUCUAGUUGGUGCGAAACGUUUCGCUGCAGAGGACCAUCUCCUGGCAUUACGGGAAGACCCCGGAUACUUUGUAGAUGUUGUCAACGAAUACAAGGACCAUCGAAUGGAAGUCAUUCCGGAUAUUGAUGGCAAUACCCAUCCGACUCUAACACCAUAUACUCACCGUUUAUUCUGGAACCGCGUUUUGCAAAAUGUUGUCGCUGAAGCUUACUUCGCCCUUGAAACAUGGGACACUCUUCAUACAGCUCUCGCCAACUUGCGUCAACUUCAAUCCCGGUAUCAAAACCAGAUAUCUCCCAACAAGGACCUCCCAAAGGCCCUGCACGAGGAAUUUGUGAAAAUACGGUAUUUCCUGGAGCAAUUUACGCUCGGUCCACUUGGUCAACUUAAGGACGCCGUACCCCCCUCCCCUCCACUUCGAUCGCUAUUCGAGCGCCAGCCACAGAUUCAAGGCUCUACAAAAUUGCGAGUACAAUCCCGGCCGGAUGUAUCUAGGUCAGAGAGUCAGGCUGAGCUGCUAUGGAUAAUGGAAACCCUUUGGGGUGAUAGUCGAAAGAUGUACCUCGUCGGUCGAAAAACCCUUAUGGAUAAACUCGAGCGCCUAGUUCAGAGUGAUCCGAAGAACAAGGAUCUUGUAUCAGCGCGAGUUGCUAGUAUCAUUUCAGACCUGUCUGUCUUGUCCGAAUGCCUUUAUCAGAUUGAACUGUAUCAGCCCUGGGCGGCCACGUUCGAAAAUGGCUUCGCCGAGCGUUGCGACGAGAUUAGGAAAGAAUACUCCGAUUUAGUCCGUGGCUGGAGUGAUUUUCUCAUUAGCUUUGAAGGGACACGUCUCGGCGAUCUUGGAGCCGUGGAAAAGCGUCGAUUCUACUAUCCCGUCGAAAAGCGACGAAAUCGGGAGAAUGUCGAACUCAUGAGAUCUGCCGAGGCGAAUCUGGACGCGUUCUGGCUUGCGGUAGACAACCAUAUUCCCAUCAAAUGCGGUAUGACCCGACGCAACGCUACGUACCGGACGCUUUCCCGAAUUUCUGGAAAGCUCCAAAGAACGCCGGUCUGGCUAGAGCCAGACAGGCAACCCCCCCAAAUAAAAACUUCGAAGCAAACCCUUUCAGACCACCAAUUUGAGCUCGAAUAUCGAACCGAAAAGACCACCGAGUUGUGGACUCUGCCAGUACCCAAAAGGAAGGUGAAAGCCCGCGGAAAGCUAAAUGUUUCCGAAACCCUGGUGGAACCUUCGCUACCUCCGCAGACUGAUUGUCCGCAGAUCGACUGUCAGCCCACGUUCAGAGUGGACAAGCGAUCUUUAAAAGUUUUCUCAACGCUUUUCUUCCAGCCCUCGCAAACAGCUCUGCCGGGAGAAAUCCCGUGGAAUGAUUUUCUCCACGCAAUGAGUUGUACAGCAUUUUUCGUGCAGAAGCUUUACGGAUCGGAUGAGGAUUAUGCUGGGCAGCAGGGCCAGGGACGAGGAGGCACUAGAGGUAUUCUCACGCGGAUCGAGACCCAUGGCGUGACCAAUGCGACCCGGGAGGAUGGCGGGGUCGUAGCCUCUAGCCUCGAAAGCCUUCUAGGUGAGAACAUAGAGGUAGCGCAGAAGGGCCUCCGAGUGCAUGCGGGUGCGCGCCUCCGCGGCGACAGCCAGCAAAUGGCGAAUGGUGCGAUUCACGAUGUCCGCUCUGGCGUCAACGCAGACGGUCGCGCCAGCUCGAAGUGCAUGUCGUUGGCGACGGCCCAGAUGAACAUCGAGACGGUCUCGGGUAAUAGCAACCUGGCAUCAAGGAAGCCAUUUCUGAUGCCCCAAGGAUGCCCCAAGGAGGCCAAAAACAAACGGCUUUCUGUCUCGACUGAUGACGAUGACUCAACUCUUUGUACCUCGGACUCUCCACUUUAUGAUCUCGCUACAAGCUAUGAGUCAGGGUCUUCAACGCCCAACACUAGCCCGGAGCUUUUACCAAUCGAUCCGGAGCUACUGCAAGGAGAUAAUAUCCCCUUAAUUGGACUAGAUGGACAAAAACCAGACCUUAGGGAUGCAAAGGAACUCAGCGAACCCGAAUACUGUGGGCUUUCUUUAGAACCCAAAGUCUCACCUGUGUCCGAUGCCUCCCAUAUCGACAAUUCUCUGGAUACUGAAGAUAGUAUAGACGAGAAUACGGACACGGACUAG